AAACAGAGCCUAAGUUGCCUGGGUGACUCGGCAGUCUGGGAGAAAGAAACCAGAUGUCCCGUGUCUCUCCCUUAUUUUCUGACUUCUACUGGCUCUUUCUCACUACUUGGAUAUUGCACUGAGACUGUCGGGGAAAGAAACCUAAUGACCGUGGUAACAAGCUGAAAAUGGCUGACGAAGAUAUUGACUUGGAGGAACCCUGUGGGUCUUUUUCUGAGCCCAAGGAAAAACAUAAUCCAUUAUUUAUUGAGGAAGAUGAUGAAGACUACUUUGAAGAUUGCUUGGAGGAGAUAGAGGCUGCCCUUGCUCUUCCUGGUGAUUCCAUGUCCUAUUCACAGAAAUGUCAGGAACAUUUGAAUGCUGAAUUUAAUGUACUUAUGAGACAGAUGCUGGCACAGCUAGAUGAAUUUGAAGCCACCCAUGAGACCAAAUCUACUCUACCAGCUUUCUUCGCAGAAAGAGAGAACAUGUUAGUAACAAAUUGCUUCAACGAUAGUGGCGAGUAUGAAGACUAUAUUUCAGACACAGCAGAAUCUAUGGCAGUAGUUGAGCCCGAAGGCGGCACUGUUGAAACAGGACCAGAGCUGUCUGCAACCACGGAGCUAAAGGAGCUGGGGACAACUUUUGAGAGCUGCAUUGAGGAGGUGAGCCGACUAGAGCGCAGGAAAGAGGAGCUAGUGCAGGAGCUUUUGGAGCUGGAGAAGCCCAUGGAGGAGGAGACUCAUGCUUUGAGAAGAGAGCUGGAGGAGGCCCAGAAGCUCCUGUCCAAGGCCAAGCUGCAGAAGCAGAAUUUGCUGGAUGAGAUGCGACUCUUCAAGAGACGCUUGUUUGUUGCUGCCAGGGACUGUGCACAGAGCCAGAUGACCUUGGUCAUACAGCAGAAAGAAGUGGAGCAGCUAAAGGAAGAACAGGAUGAGAUGAAGGCCUUUGUUGAGAAGUUAAUAAAAGUCAUUGAACAGCUUCAUUCUGAACACCAAAGCCAAGUGCAGGCCCUACAAAAUCAGAUGGACAACAUGACCCAGGAAUCCAGCAAGGACAAGACACACUCGUACCUGUCCCAAGGCCGACGUGCAUCCCUCGACCUACAGCAGUACCUGCAGGGUGGAAUCAAAGCACUGGAGGAGUGGUAUGAGCCCAGACUGGUGGCCUUACUAAAGAGACGACAAAGCAGCACUGAUGCUUUAAUAAAGUACAGGGAGCAGUGCCAAGAGCUGAAAACCCAACUGGGGCCCCUAAAAGAGGAAGAGCAGAGGCUGGGACUAGAGAGGGCCCGACUGGAGGAGCGCAUUCAUCUGAUGGAGAAGCAGAGAAAGGAAAAUGUGGAGCAAUACCGUGAAACAAUAGACCGUCUAGAAGAGAGCAGCCGAGAACUGAAAACCGAACUUCAGAUACAAAUAAAUAAGAUAAAAGAGAUGGAGGAACUCAAGAACAAUCUGGCCAAGCAACUAUACUUCUAUAGGCAAGUGUUAUCAUCCAUGUAAAGGAGUUUAUUUUCAAAUUCUAACACGAAAUACCAGAUACUGUAUGUUGUAUUUUUUUUUUAUUAUACAGAGAGUGUGUAGAGAGACAACAACCUCAGGAGAUCCUACUGAUGGAAGAGAAAACCUGAUCGAUGAAGACGAACAUUGCCCAACGUUGCACAGUUUGGUAUUAGUGACAGAAAUUCUUCUUGGUGUUUCUACAGUAUGGUCUGAUUGUUUAAUUCUGAAAUGUAAAUAAUCUCUCAUUGCUCUGCCAUAAUGUUAACAGCAUAAACAUGCAUGUGGGUGCCCUUUAUAAAUAUUCCAAAGCAGGCAGAAGGUAAUAUGAAAUGUACCAGCACCACUCAGCCUCUCUACAAUGUCACAUCAGCAAGGAAUGUGAGAUGGAGACUGCCCAGAUUUUUAUCUGCCCACUUAAACAGAACUCUCUAGAUGUACCUGCACUGCUGACAGGGAUGUGAGUCAGAGUGGAGGAAAUAAAGCUUUUAUACACAG